UUGACAACAGGAUAUUUCGGCUCAAUCUUCUGUCGUGCGCAUCCAUUUGUUUAGAGUAAUUGGUCUUCUAAUUACUCAGUCUGACACUUCAUUUCCCUGCCAAUUGUAGGGUUUUUUUUUAAAUGAUCAAAUAUAUAAAUAAGUACAAUGGAAUUAACACAGGCUCUCAGCUAUAUUUAUAGACUGCAGUUAGUCGACUUAUUUCAAGCGUUCCAAACAGAAAGAGCAGGUUUUAGAGGGUUUUAGGUUGCGCUGGAUCUGGCUGGAUUUUCAAACAAUACCACGAGCUGUUGUCGACUCAACCCGAAGAGCUUGCAGAGAGGGCUGCUUCUCAGACCACAGGACCUGUGUGUAUUUUGCAGUCCCUGACAAGGGACGGCACUUGCGGCACACUGGGCUGCAAUGGCCAAGGACGUGCUAUCAUGGUUCACCGUGGCCUGCAAACUGCUUGGGAUCUCCACUGCUGGAGUCCUGUGGGCAGUGGGGAUCGAAACAUCUCUGGACGGGACCCAUCCUGGACUGGCUGUCUACCUGCUGAUUUCUGCCGUGGCCAUAACAUUUCUGGAAACGGCUUACCUGGUGGAUAAGUUUAUUAUGGCAUGCUGCAGUCCUGACGGCAGGGCGGUGCGGGUGUGGAAGAAACUGGCGUGGCUGGACUACUGCCAGAGGUUCCUGCUGUACGGCCUCAUGUCAGUCGUGUGCUUCCUGCACCCUGUUGCUGUGUGGCUGGCCACAAUCCCAGGAAUAAUGUUGAUCGCCAGUGGCACGGCAUACCUCGCCCUCAGCUACAAGGAGCGAAUUCGCAAGUCGUUCACAAAGGGCACGCCUCGAGGCGACCACACCGACACUCGCUCGACAUCGACGGCGUCGGUGGUGGGAAGACCAAAUGGCAGCGAGCAGAUCUUCACGUUCGAGUCAGAAGCUGGCAGCCAGGAGGGCGAGCAGAGGAAACAUCUCACAAUCGACUCGGCUCCCAUGGGACCAUCCGAUAAGUCGGAGGACAUGAUGGAGAAACGAUCUGGGACGACGACGACGACGACGGCGGCUAGGAAGCAGAACAAUCAGAAGCGCGUGCGGUUCGAGACUCUGCACGAAGCUGCGGAGCAGGAGGAGGUGGAGCCCUCGGUGGGCAGCUCGGCCGAAUUCGUCACCUCCGACACGGCCCCCAUACUCGCUCGGGAAAAAUGAAACGAACGUUGUUCUUUGGCCGGAAAACACGCGCGAAUGUAUUGUUGAAGUUCAUACUCUUCGGUUCUUUCGGUAAAGUCACGUAGGUAUAAAAGAAAAUAAAUUAAAUCACGACGUUUCGGGCGCUUGUGUUGCAGAUGAUGACGGACGCUUGUGUUGCGGCCGAAAAUUCGUGAUUUACUUAUUUUAUUUUAUACCUACGUGACUUUAUCGAAAGAACCAAAGAGUAUGGAUCCCUGC